AUGGAAGAAGAAUUAUUGCAAUUGGAACCACGUGAAAAUACGGUAGAAGAAAAUAAUCUGGAACCAACUUUAUCACUGACUGCUGAUCAAAAUAAUCAAGAAGAACGACAACAAGAACAAGAAGAAAUUAAUGAUGAUGUACCACUUCUGUCAAAUCAUAGUAACCAAAGUGUUGUCAUUAGAAAAUCUUGUAUUCUAACAAAAAAUAAAGUUCAAAUUAGUUUUAUAAUUAUAUUAUUAUUAGUAAUUAUAUUACUCAUUUCAAUCAAAAUUCCAAAUUCUUCAUCACGUAAUCAACCCCAAUCAUCUCCAAUUACAGUAUAUAACACAACAACAACAACAAGAACGACUGAACUGACUCAAUCACCAAUAACAACAACAGAAACACUUACUUUGCCACCAAAAUCCUGUCCUAUUCCAUCUGUAAAUGCAACAUGGAAUAAACCAGGUGUAGUAUUUAUUAAUCGACUGGGUCGAUGUCUGUCAAAUGAAAAUAGUUUAUGUAGUCCGAGAGAUUUAUUUAUCGAUAAUGUUCAUGAUAUUCUCUAUGUUGUUGAUACAAAUAAUAAUCGAAUACAAAAAUAUUCGUUAAAUGAAAUUUAUAAUAUGGAAGUAGGUGCAACUGGUAUUACUGUGGCUAGUAAAGAUCUUGUUUCACCACAAUCUAUUUUUGUUGAUAUUCAUACAGAAGAUAUGUAUAUUUUAGAUUUUGAUCAAAAACAAAUACGUAAUCCAGUAAAUCUCGUAUCUUAUCGAGUUCAUUUAUGGAAAAAAAAUGAAAAAAUUGGAAGAAUUUUAUUUCGUGAAGCAGGAGAACAUCUAUUUGGAGUAUAUCAUCAUCAUAUUACAUUGGAUAAAGAAAUGAAUAUAUAUGUUGGAACAAAAUAUUUUAUUAAAAAAUGGUUAGCAUCAACAAAUUACACAAAAAAAAUUAUUGUUGCUGGAAAGUAUCAAUUCAGUGGAAAUCAAUCGACUGAUCUGUCUGAUCCAGUGGGUUUCGUUGUAACAGAUGAUUUGACAAUAUAUAUAGCUGAUUGGCAAAAUAAACGUAUUCAACAGUGGAAAAUUAAUGGAACAGAAGGUACAACAGUCAUAGGAAAUUUAACGUAUGUCUUUGGAUUAACGAUAGAUUGUAAUGGAUAUCUUUAUUAUACCGAGAUGUAUGAGUCUACUAUUUAUCAAUUAAAUAUGAUGACGAAUCAGAAUCAAAUGAUUGUUAGAAAUGAAGAUCAUUUACAAAAACUUAUUUAUUAUUGGCCAACAGCGAUUACAAUUGAUAAAUUCGGCAAUAUUUUUAGUAUGGGACAUGAUCAAGUAUAUAAAUUUUCUAUAGCACAGAAAUAG